ACCUGUCACCCUGCUGUCUCCGCCCAUGGCUCCGCCCAGCCCAGGCAGCAGCAGCAGCAGCAGCACCGCCGGCUGGGAGCAGCUCAGCAGGACUAACUUGUACAUCCGAGGACUGUCCCCGUCCACCAGCGACCGUGACCUCGCCCAUCUGUGCCAGCCGUAUGGCAAGAUUGUAUCGACAAAGGCGAUCCUGGACAAGGCGACUAACAAAUGCAAAGGGUAUGGCUUUGUGGACUUUGAUAGUCCGGCUGCAGCCCAGAAAGCCGUGACUGCCCUCAAGAGCAGCGGGGUUCAGGCUCAGAUGGCAAAGCAACAAGAACAAGACCCGACCAACUUGUACAUCUCCAACCUGCCUCUGUCCAUGGAUGAGCAGGAACUGGAGAACAUGCUCAAGCACUUCGGCCAGGUCGUCUCCACUCGCAUCCUGAGGGACUCCAGUGGAGCCAGCAGAGGAGUUGGCUUUGCCAGGAUGGAGUCGACAGAAAAAUGCGACGCAGUCAUUUCCCACUUCAAUGGCAAGUUCAUGAAGACGCCCGCAGGUGUGCCAGCACCUUCUCAACCUUUGCUCUGCAAGUUUGCUGACGGUGGGCAGAAGAAGAGACAAAGCCAGAACAAAUUUCUCUCCAGCGGUCGAGGCUGGCUCAGAGAGGGAAGUGCCAGACUGGCUGGUAUGGCACUCACAUACGACCCCAGUGCAGCUGCCAUGCACAACGGGUUCUUCCCAGCAGCGUACAGCAUCUCCAACAGGAUCAUUGCUCACACCUCCAUGUCUCCUUACAUGUCUCCACUCUCUGCAUACCAGGUUGGACUCCUUCACACUACAUCCAUCAUCAAAUGUACAUAUAUACAUACAUGUAUAUAUAUAUGUAUAUAUUUAUAUAUAUAUUGUGUUGAUGUGUUACAGGUGCAGAACCCAUCAUGGAUGCCUCAUCAACAUUACCUUUUGCAGCAUCCUGCUGCAGUCAUGUCGCCCCCUAUGGACCCUCCCUUGUCACUGCAGCACACCUCCAUGAUGUCACCGCUCACGCAACACAUGAGUCACAUGACUUUGGGCACCACUGGAGGGUUCAUGGCGGCCAACACUCCCCUGGCAGGCGCUUACAUGCCUGCGUACUCACACGUGCACUCGGCAUGCCUACCUGGCCAGGAAAACGGCCUGUCGUCACAGGCGGACACACCUGGCAACCCUUCCCCGUAUCCAUAGCAACACGGCGUCAACAAGCACCGCAGCGAGGACCCUUCCACGUUUUGACGGCAUCCUUUUCUUUUUUGUCAAAACAUUUUCAAAGCCUUUCAUCGGGUGUUGGAAAAGACUCCGUUUUGAAAAAAAAAGUUUUUAUUUUCAUACAAGAAAUGUUUAUUUUUUACCAAAGAUUGUUGCCAAAUACAAGACAGAAACACGCA